UCUCCACUUCUGUUGGACAGCGUGUACCAAAGCAUGAAAGAACGUACCAUUGAUUCAGGGACAGCUUGUUCCAAGCAGACCUCACCUGUGCUACCUUCCCUAGAUCCUCAUGCUUGAAAAUAAAAAAGCUCUUUUUUAUUCUUUAGAUGUAACACUACACUCUGCACCUUGCUAAUUUUUUUGUGUUGCGCUACCAGAUAUACUGAGGAGUGAUGUGAUCUGCGUGGAUAGUACGCCUAACAAAUAUUUUUUCACAGCACACGUGAUGGUACGAAAUCAAUAACAUUUGAUGUCAGACAAUGCGAUGAUAGACCGGAGAUCCCGGAUUAUGAAGUGAUGAAUGGAGAUAGAUUGAUGGCUAUCUCUUGUAUGCGUGGGAUUAACAUCACAUUCGCUGUGAUCUGCAGCCAUUUUUCCACCGGUAAAGUAGCUAAAUUAAUUAGACCAGUUGAUUCCAUGGGGUUAGGAAGUCAAAUAGUUGGCGCUAGGUAUCAUUUGGAGACAUGUGGUCAGAUACUUUAAUUUCCAGCUGUAAUUGAUAGAUUGGAAUCUGAGAGGUGAAGACAGCCAAUGGAUUACGUCACUGGAGGUCCAUUGUACUACGUCACAAUUCAGCAACGAGCGCCUUGGAACCUUCUAUGUUUGUUUCCUGUGGCAACCAAGGUCAUUGUUCUCAUUGCCCAAUCGGCGCGCGUUUGGCGAACGCCACCGUUCUAUCCCCGGGGCCGUAUAAAUACCGGAGCGGCGCCGCAUUGCGUCACAGUCUCGAGAACCACGCGAGCGGAGCAACAUGGUCAGCGCGCGGGAGAAUGUCCGCGGGUCGCGCGUGUUCCCCCGGGCGAGGGAUCCACGGGGGAGGGAAGCGAUUGUCUACGGACACCGGACACGGGAAGGGGAGAGCACACCCGGGGAAUGGGAACGUGGUAGAUAACUGAGAACUUAGAGCGGGAAUGAGACGGCGACGGGGGGAGGGCGCAGGGUAAUAUUGGGCAGGGAAACGAGGAACGCAAUUUCGAAGAAUUUGAGGGUUACAAUUGGCGAAGGCAGCGUGGAGAGUCUGCGAAUUGCAAUGUUGGGUGGAACUGAGAAGGUGGGCAUAUUGGGCGUGGGACGAUGAACGAUCAGGGGCAAACAGGGUAUGAAUAAGUCCAAGUGGUGAUCAAUAGGAAUUAUGUAAAUCACGCGGCCUGCAACAGCAAACGAGUAAUUACCAACGCGCACCUCUCGCCCUAAUAUCUCACCGCCUGUUUCCCCUCGCCAACAGCGCGAGUGUCUUUCAAUCCACAUCGGCCAGGCUGGCGUCCAGGUUGGCAACGCUUGCUGGGAGUUGUAUUGCCUGGAGCACGGGAUCCAACCGGAUGGACAGAUGCCCAGCGACUCGACCAUCGGAGGCGGCGACGAUUCGUUCAACACCUUCUUCAGCGAGACGGGUGCGGGCAAGCACGUACCAAGGGCCGUGUUCAUCGACCUGGAGCCCACGGUGAUCGAUGAGGUGCGGACCGGCACCUACCGGCAGCUCUUCCACCCCGAGCAGCUCAUCACCGGCAAGGAAGACGCGGCCAAUAACUACGCCCGGGGCCACUGCUCCAUCGGCAAGGAGAUCGUGGACCUCGUCCUGGAUCGCAUCCGGAAACUGGCCGAUCUGUGCACCGGACUGCAGGGGUUCCUCAUCUUCCACAGUUUCGGCGGCGGCACCGGCUCGGGCUUCACCUCCCUCCUCAUGGAGAGACUCUCCGUGGACUACGGCAAGAAAUCCAAGCUGGAGUUUUCCAUCUACCCGGCGCCGCAGAUCUCCACGGCUGUGGUCGAGCCCUACAACGCGGUGCUGGUCACCCACUGCACCUUGGAGCACUCCGACUGCGCCUUCAUGAUGGACAACGAGGCCAUUUACGACGUGUGUCGGCGGAACCUGGACAUCGAGCGACCCACCUAUACCAACCUCAACCGCCUGAUGGCACAGUUAGUGUCGUCUAUCACCGCCUCGCUGCGGUUUGACGGCGCUCUCAACGUGGACCUGACUGAGUUCCAAACCAACCUGGUUCCCUACCCACGCAUCCACUUCCCGCUCGUCAACUAUGCUCCCAUUAUUUCUGCAGAGAAGGCUUACCACGAGGAACUGUCCGUCUCCCAAUUGACCAACGCCUGCUUCGAGCCGGCCAACCAGUUGGUGAAGUGCGACCCUCGCCAGGGGAAGUACAUGGCGUGCUGUAUGCUGUACCGCGGGGACGUGGUGCCCAAGGACGUCAACGCCUCCAUCGCCACCAUCAAGACCAAGCGCUCCAUACAAUUCGUGGACUGGUGCCCGACCGGGUUCAAGGUGGGCAUCAACUACCAGCCCCCGACAGUUGUGCCAGGGGGCGACCUGGCCAAGGUGCAACGCGCCCUCUGCAUGCUGAGCAACACCACCGCCAUCUCCAUGGCCUGGACCCGCCUCAACAUCAAGUUCGACAAGAUGUACGCCAAGCGGGCCUUUGUCCACUGGUACGUGGGAGAGGGGCUGGAGGAAGGAGAGUUCCAGGACGCGCGGGAGGACAUGGCGUCGCUGGAGAAGGACUACCAAGAGGUGGCCGUGGAUUCCGCCGACCUCGAGAGAAGGGGGGAAGAGGAAGAAUAAAAUGUAUUAAUUUAGUAGUUAAAAGUUUAAUUUAAUACAGAUUUAAUAGAUUAUAUUGAUAGAUAUUAUACUUAAAAUGAUAAAAUUAUUUUAUGGACCGAUUGUUUUGUCGAUUUAUUUGAGGUCGGAGAAUGGUAAAUAAAAACAUUGUUAGGCAGAAAGUGGGGAGAGUAAUUUGGGUGCAGCUGUUCUUAUGUAAGUCCUCAUCCCACCUGUAGGAGUCAUUUAAAGACGAGGUGAUGGGAAUUCAGUUCUGGCGUAUUACACAGAACAUGAAGGACGCGCAUGGCGGUUUUCCUGAAGCUUGGAUGGUAAACUACCUCGGCGGCGCAGCGGUACAGCUGGUGCUUUACAGCGCCAGAGACACGGGUUCGAUUCUGACUACUGGUGCUUAUCUGUACGGAGUUUGUAUGUUCUCCCGGCCACCGCGUCGGUUUUCCUAGCGUGCUCCGGUUUCCUCACACACUCCAAAGUCUUUCAGGUUCGCAGGUUAAUUUGGCGUCUGUAAAUUGUCCCUAGUGUGUAGGAUAAUUUUGAGGUAGGGGAAUUGCUGGUCGGCCGCACGCUCGGCCAGCCGACGGGACUCUUUUCGCGCUGUAUCUAUGAAAAACAAAACACACUUGAAGGAAACUGAUGAGUCUGAAGUAGGGCCUCGAAUCGAAACGUCACCUAUUCCUUUUCUCCAGAUAUGCUCCCUGACCGCGGCUCUUCCAGCAUUUUGAGUCUAUCUUCGGUGGUAAACCAGCAUCUGUAGUUCAUUCUUACACAAAAUGAUGUACUGGAAGGAUGUGGGGGCUUUAGAUAGGAAGCACAGGAGACUCACCGCGACGAUGCUUAAUUGGAGGUUAUUAACAAAAGGGAGAAUUUAGACAAAGUUGUAUCGUUUAUUCUGGUCCGCAGGAGGCUUUGGAGAAUAUCUGCAAAGAGUUUGUAUUUUUUUUUAAAGAUAUAGAUAGUGCACGAAGUCAGAACAUGAAUGAAUGAACGAAUGAAUGAAUGAUUGAAUGCAGGAACAAAGGUAUCAAUCAAUCAAUCAAUCAAUCAAUCAAUCAAUCAAUCAAUCAAUCAAUCAAUCAAUCAAUCAAUCAAUCAAUCAAUCAAUCAAUCAAUCAAUCAAUCAAUCAAUCAAUCAAUCAAUCAAUCAAUCAAUCAAUCAAUCAACUGCAGUUGUACAGUGUCUUGGUGAGACCACACCUGGAGUAUUGCGUGCAGUUUUGGUCUCCAAAUCUGAGGAAGGACAUUAUUGCCAGAGAAGGUUCACCAGACUGAUUCCUGGGAUGUCAGGACUGUCUUAUAGAAAUAGAAACAUAGAAAUUAGGUGCAGGAGUAGGCCAUUCGGCCCUUCGAGCCUGCACCGCCACUCAAUAUGAUCAUGGCUGAUCAUCCAACUCAGUAUCCCGUACCUGCCUUCUCUCCAUACCCUCUGAUCCCCUUGGCCACAAGGGCCACAUCUAACUCCCUCUUAAAUAUAGCCAAUGAACUGGCCUCAACUACCCUCUGUGGCAAAGAGUUCCAGAGAUUCACCACUCUCUGUGUGAAAAAAGUUCUUCUCAUCUCGGUUUUAAAGGAUUUCCCCCAUAUCCUUAAGCUGUGACCCCUUGUCCUGGACUUCCCCAACAUCGGGAACAAUCUUCCUGCAUCUAGCCUGUCCAACCCCUUAAGAAUUUUGUAAGUUUCUAUAAGAUCCCCCCUCAAUCUC